AUGUCGGAUCCUUUUGAGGGACAAGAUGUCAAGUUUAAGAUUGGGGGCAAGGAGGUGGACCCCAAGUCUCUGAAGCCACAUUAUGCGAUUGCGGAGGUGAAGCGAGACAGACGUGAAGUUGAUGAUGAGGCAGCACAGACUGGAGAUUCACGCGAUAGCGAUAGCGAAGAGAAAGGAGCCAAACAGACAGAAAACACAGACUCAGACCCAUUUCAAGGAAAAGAUGCUAAGUUCAAAAUAGGAGAACAGGUGGUUUCUCCAGAUUGGUUGGGGCGACCACAUUUUGCCACGCCAGGAUUACGCAAGGAGAAGGAUCUUGGAAAUUCGGGUGGACUGUUGUUUGGAGCGGAUCACAGACCAACAGGUAGGAAGUGA